AUGGAAUGCCCCUCAUUUUACUUUGCUCUUGGAUCUCUAUUUAUGCUUGGUAUUUCUCACUCGAGCUGUUACCUGGCACUCCACAUAGUCUCGUCCACGUCUCUCUUAAUAUUUCUGCACUCGAGAGAAAGGGUUCGGAACAUUGACUUUGGCAUGAGGAUUAUUAGACAUGAUGAUUUUGUCAUUCUUUUUGGAUGCCUACUUCUCGAAAGCCUUUUUGUGCCGAAGUCGGCAGGGUACUUUGGAGGUCGAGUCCUUAAAGCCGUUGCAGCCUGCGGAUUGGUCUUUUCGAUCACAUUUUUCUUCGUCACUUUAAGGCAUAUGCCAGAUAACAAAACUGGAGGAAGGAGGAUACAAAGGAGCGGGCCCUAUAGAUUCGUCCGGCACCCAUUGUACUCCUCAUUGAUACUUUAUUGGGCAUCUUGCACUAUAUACCUUUCCUGCUUUGUCUCUCUUGCAAUAUUUCUUUGGUUUGUAAGCAGUAGAAUCAUCCCGAGAAUAAAAGAAUGUGAAAGAGAGAUGGUUUCUACCUCUUCAGAGUACAUGGAAUAUAGAAAGGCAGUCUGGUCUGGAAUCCCAAUGUACAGAUAG